AGGGAGGAGAAGCAGCUCUUUGCAUCUCCAGUGAAAGCGGUUUUUGACUCACCUAGUUUGCCCGAGGAGAAAUCACCCGGAUUUUUGCUGCAGCUUCCAGCUUCUUUGUGCAUCUCUGUGAUUUCCUCCGGCGGGGACUUUGCGGCGUUCCAGAUUCCCAGCGGGAUUGGACAUCCUAUCCAACUCCUCUCCUUGUUCCUGGAGGAUCCUGGUUCUCUCUGGGACUCCCCUGAACACGUGAGACCGGCGUUUCCAGCUUGGCACCAGGAGAAAUUUGCCUACAACUCUCUCUGGGAUCCACGUGGACCGACCAGCUCGCUCUGCGGUGAUAUCUGAUUGGGUUGUGUUUGUGUCCCAAAGUCCUUGGAGGGGGGUUUAGAAGUCUCUGUGUGUCUUUCAGGAAGUGUUGUGGUGGGGUUUUUUGGGAUCCAGCUUUAGUGCCAGGGGCUUAUAACCCAGUUCUUCCCGCGUUUGCCACUCGCACGGUCGGAGCCAUGCAGCUGGACAAUGUCACCAGCGCGGGCGUCCACUCCUUCCAGGGGCACCGUGGAGUUGCCAACAAGCCCAAUGUGAUCCUGCAGAUAGGGAAGUGCAGGGCAGAAAUGCUGGAGCAUGUCCGGAGGACCCACCGGCACCUCCUGACAGAGGUCUCCAAGCAGGUGGAGCGGGAGCUGAAGGGAUUGCAGAAAUCCGUGGGGAAGUUGGAGAACAACUUAGAGGACCACGUCCCAACUGAAAACCAGAGAUGGAAGAAGUCCAUCAAGGCCUGCCUGGCCAGAUGCCAGGAGACCAUUGCCCACCUGGAGAGGUGGGUCAAGAGGGAGAUGAAUGUUUGGAAGGAGGUCUUUUUCCGCCUGGAAAAGUGGGCUGACCGCCUGGAGUCCAUGGGAGGCAAAUACUGCCCUGGGGAGCAGGGCAAGCAGACAGUGUCCGUCGGGGUGGGAGGUCCGGAGAUAAGGCCGAGUGAGGGGGAGAUUUAUGAUUAUGCCCUGGACAUGAGCCAGAUGUAUGCCCUGACCCCUCCUCCCGGGGAGGUGCCCAGCAUCCCCCAGGGCCACGAUUCCUACCAGUGGGUCUCCGUGUCGGAGGACGCUCCAGCUUCCCCCGUGGAGACCCAGGUGUUUGAGGAUCCCCGGGAGUUCUUGAGCCACUUGGAGGAAUACUUAAAGCAGGUGGGUGGAACAGAGGAGUAUUGGCUGUCUCAGAUCCAAAACCACAUGAACGGCCCAGCUAAAAAGUGGUGGGAGUACAAGCAGGACUCCGUCAAAAACUGGGUCGAGUUCAAGAAGGAGUUCCUGCAGUACAGCGAGGGAACUCUGACUAGGGAUGCGAUCAAAAGGGAGCUGGAUUUGCCCCAGAAAGAGGGGGAGCCCCUGGAUCAGUUCCUCUGGCGCAAGAGAGACCUGUACCAGACCCUCUAUGUGGAUGCAGAUGAGGAGGAGAUCAUCCAGUACGUGGUAGGAACCCUCCAGCCCAAACUGAAGCGUUUCCUGAGCUACCCCCUGCCCAAGACCUUAGAGCAGCUGAUCCAGAGGGGGAAGGAGGUCCAAGGCAACAUGGAGCACUCUGAGGAGCCCAGCCCACAGAGGACCCCUGAGGUUCAGCCAGGAGACUCCGUGGAGACCGUGCCCCCCUCAACCACCGCCAGUCCCGUGCCGAGCAAUGGGACUCAACCAGAGCCCCCCAGCCCCCCAGCCACUGUCAUAUGAGCUCCCCUGAGGGGGGUCUGGGUUCCGUGGAAGGGAGAAGGGGGCUUAUUUAGGAAGCUUCUCCUUGGAGGGAAGUUCUGGCUGAGACGAGACCUGAGGAGUGCUCAGUCCAACAGCCCAGAGCAGAGGGAUUGGCUUUGCUCCUGGGGGGAGGGAGGUGGUGAGGGAGAGGAACCCCAGGAUGGGGCUGCCCCCCUCACCCAGGCCGUGCCAUGCGGUGGUGCUGGGGACCCUGCUGGCACCACUGCGGGGAACAGCCAAUUUUAUGAGAAUUCCCUGACAAGAAACUAGAGACAAUUCCCAACUUGUGAAGCGGCCGCUCGGCACUGGCAGCUCUCAAGGACUUCAUACGAGUGCAGCAGUUGGUGGAGGGUUCCUACCCAUCUGGAUCUCUCUUUUUCCUUCUCUCCUCCCUCCUCCGAGAGGGUGGCCCUGUCCUGAGGAGACAGCUUUCUUUUUCACCCUUGCCUGUUUUUGAUUAACCUCUGGGUUUCUGUUCACUUGGCAAUCUCCUGCUCUUACUUGCUCCAAAGGAUUAAAGUAAUUUUUUGAUUAUUUUUUGUUAUAAGAAGAAAAAAUAAUCCUAUUAUUUCAGGAACUGAAAGCUUUAAGAAUCUGGAUUAUUUUCUGUGGUUUUCAUUUCACUGCACCUAAUACCUGCUUUAAUGUGUUUCCUCUCAAGAGGCUCUUACUGGUUUACUUCUUGUCUUAGUUUCUGCUCACUCUAAUUCAAGGCCACUGCAGUGCAGAGGCAGAUUUCAUCCUUUCUCUGCACAUUAUCCUGUGCAUUCAGCAGGAAACAGGUUUUCUAAUUAAAUUCUGAGCUCAUUUAUUGAAGGAGCAGUCUCCUUCCUUUCAGAGAAGAGAGGGUGUUCAAGGUAGAGAGAGGAGACACCAGAGCUUUUUUGAGAGAGACUGGGGGGGAGGGAAGGGAAAUAAAUCCUUAUUCUUUGAAUGAAACAAACAAACACACCCUAAAUUCAGAGCAAAAUAUCCCCAGAGCAGCAAAUCGAGUCCAUGCUGAUGUGUGGAGACAACAGAAGCUUUUGCCAUGUAAAAGCCAAAAGAAGUGAAGAGAGGAUCUGUGUGCCCCAGCAGAGUUUUAGCCUGUGCAUCGCUGCAAGGAGUUUCUGCUCACACAGACAGAAUCCAAAUGCUCCUGGAAAGACUGGCACCCCUGUCCUGCAGCACCUGAGGACAGAGUGUUGUCUGCUCACAGAGGAAUUCCUGCAACAUCUCACCAUAAAUGGAGAUGGACUUGGACUUUGUGACUUCUUCCAUGUUGAGACAGGAAACGCUCAGCACUCACCUUUGGCCAGUGCUUGAUGACAGGACUGAGAGAAGAAAGACAUUCCUGAAGUUUGGCUCUCCAAAGCUUCCCGAGGCUGGACAGGUCUUGGGCAUCACCUGCAUCCACCACCAGACCAAAUAAACAGCAGGGAUGCAGCAGCAGGAGUGACCCUGGGAUGCUCCUGGCACUGCCACAGCGGUGGCACGUGGCCCUGGUGGCUCGGAAGGCCUUUGCUGUGACUCCUUCCAAGAGGCUGAAGUGACUCACUCAGAUCCUCCUCUGAGAAGGAAUCACUUCGCAGCAUGCAGCGUUUGGGAGGAAAGCCACAGAAAAAGCUGCAAAACAAAGGCCUCAAUAUCAGACCUGCUCUCAGGACCCUCAGCCACCAAUGGCCAGAUCCACCACCUGAAGGAAAGACUGGCACAGCAAUCCCUGCUGCUGUUGCUGAGAUUCCUUCUCUGUGUCCAAGAGCUUUCCCAGGGGAGAAGAACGUGCUGCAGGAAGACA